UGCAGCUGUUUGAAAUUGCAUGGAGAAAUGUCAAAUCCGUGAUAUAACCUCCUCCACUUGGACCCGUGUUUGGAGCUAUGUAGUGACUUUCAACUGGAGCCGGCAUUUAUCCAAAUCAUGCACAAGCUACUGCGUCCAUGCUGGCGCAAUCUACACUUCCAUCGUCGAAACGCAGCAAAUCUUCGCUUAGCCGAACAACAACAACGAUGGAGUUCGACCCAGGAAAUGCGAACGCUGGAAGAUGUAAUUGCCGAUCGUCGUCAACAAGCCAAUCGAAGCAUAGUGGUGCAGGUCAACUCCGAGAGGUCCUUCUCAGAACUUUUCACCUACUGCCAGCAGUUCGGGGAGAUCGAAGGCUGCCACCAUUACAAGCUCUCUCACGACGAACUCCACUACAUCCUCGUCGAGUUCCAAACAGAAUCGAGCGCUGAAGCGGCUAUGAGUUCAUCUUGCUUCAACGAGGAUCUGUCAGGGGUACCGAUCCGGUCUCCUUUCUUGUGGUUCCGAGCCGGGAAGAAGAAGGGAAGCCCCGCGAAAAGCGCCAGCCCCAAAACAAGUCUCAGUAGCUUGGACGGCAUCCACACCAUUCCCAACAAUGAACUUGACGACUUGUUAAUGGCUUCACAGGACGUGGAGGGCCAGAUGCAGACUCUGCAUCGAUCGACAGUCCUGAACGACUUAGGGACGCGGUUGAGAUUCCUUGCCGCUCGUCAAGUCGAAUCCACAAUUGCCGGAAUGUUUCCGAACGCAAACGCUCUACCAUUCGGUUCAAGCGUGAAUGGAUUUGGGAGAAUGGGAUGCGAUUUGGACUUGAUUCUGCGGUUUGACAAGGACUCCCAUUUAGGGUGUAAGUCAAUCGAUUCCCGACUUGUAUUUCACACCAAAGAAACACUAAGCAAUGGACGAUCACAAAUGCAGCGGCAGAUGGAAUGCAUUGGCGAUUUAUUGCAUCUUUUUCUGCCUGGCGUGUACCAUGUUCGUCGAAUUCUCCAGGCGAGGGUGCCAAUAAUAAAAUUCCAUCAUGAGCAUUUGGACCUAGAGGUGGACUUGUCCAUGAGUAAUCUGACCGGUGUCUAUAUGUCCGAGCUCCUGUACAUGUUUGGGCAAAUCGAUGAUCGCGUGCGACCCCUCACGUUCUGUCUACGGCGAUGGGCGCAGACCUGUGGACUCACCAAUCCUUCGCCUGGACGCUGGAUUACAAACUUCUCACUCACUUGUCUCGUCAUUUUCUAUCUACAACAGCUAAAGGAGCCUAUCCUGCCGCCCAUCAGCCUUUUUGUGAAAUCAGCCAAAUCAAAUGAUCUCCGAGUCACCGAGGACGGCAUAAACUGCUCCUUCCUGCGCGAUGUCCGAAACCUCCCAUUCAAAACCGAAAACAAAAGUUCGUUGACCGAACUUUUACUGCAAUUUUUCGAAUUUUAUUCACAAUUUGACUUCAACAAUCGCGCCAUUUCCUUGAAUGAGGCACGAAACAUAGUCAAACCCGACCACUCGGCCAUGUACAUCAUAAAUCCGCUCGAACAGCACUUGAACGUGAGCAAAAACAUUAGCCUGGAAGAGUGCGAACGAUUCCGGAUAGAAGUACGAAAUGCUGCUUGGAUCCUGGAGUCGGAUAUGGAGCGAAACACAUCGAACGAAAGCAGGGAAGAACCUUGGGGUCUAUUGAAUCUUUUCCGGACUCCAGAGAAAACCAUCAUUCGCCCAAAUAUGUUUUUCAAGCCACGCUUGGUAGAAGUGAGUGAGCUUUUUGACGAUUCAUCAGCGGAUGGAGAGCAUCGAAAUUUGGAAUUCAAGAAUUCGACGGUCAAAAGUCAAGUGCGCAACGCCCGUGCGCAAGCGAAAAAUGAUUUAAAACAACUGCAAGCAAAAUUAGGCGGAAAGACUGGUGGGAAGGCGGCCAGGUGAUGAAAAGUUGGCUGUCUAGCGUGAAUAUAUUUAUAAUUACGACUAAUUUUUGUAAAGUCAGUUUUGAGAGUAUAUCAAGUGUUUUUAGAAAUUAAA